AUGACGCUGCAGCUGCUGAGACCGCAGCAGCCAGGGCUUGUGCUUAUAACGCAGGAGCUCGCAACGGCGAUGUUGGUGGGCGCAUUCUUGUGCGUUCCGACGGCCGGGCGAGCGCAGGAGAGACUGCAUGAGAUCAACUUCAACCGCCUCUAUGGCAUGUCUUGGCGUUGCGCUCUCAACGAGAAGAUUAUUGCAUCUGCUCCCGCCUCUGUGCCUCUUCUCGCCCAUCUCGCCCUUCAUGCCCGUCACGCUCCUUACGAACGACGUGCUCCCGACCCUCUCAUCCCUCUCGUCCCUCUUACCGUCCACUCUCCCCAUGCGCAUCCUCUCAUCGGUUUCGCACAUGCAGGGGCCAUACGCAAGGGUCAGCGCGGUGCAAAGAGAAGCUACGCUGCCUGCUGCACCAUUUCCACCCACCUGUCCUCUCCUCCAUGCCUUACAGCAUUGCCUCUUACUCCCAUCUCUCUCCUCCCCUUUCCCCUUUCCUUGGUCCUCAAGCACUUCAGGGGCAUGUACGAGGGGUGGCCGCAGGAACAGGAGAAGCUGCGGUGCCUGCUGCACUACUUCCGCCGAGUCGUCGCCUCCAUGCCUCAGGGCACCGUCUCCUAUGAGCGCAAGGUGCUGCCCCUCACUGCUCUCACCCCCGCCACUGUCACACCCGCCACUGUCACACCCGCUGCUGCUGCCGCCCCGUCGGCCCUCCACACGUUCAACGCCCCCGUUACUGACACUCCAGGCCAUAAAGCAGCAGGAUGUAUAUGGUUGGGCUACAAAGAAACGUUCAAGUUUGCCGGAGAUUUCAUCGACACAUCCCCGCGGGACUCCCUGGGCCGGCGCCAGACGCGGGUAGUGGCCAUGGAUGCCGUGCCCCUCGCAGCACACCGCCAGUACCGCACCUCCCGCCUUCUCAGAGAGACCAACAAGGCCUUCUACGCCUUCCUAGACCACGCCUCUGCCAGGGGGCUUGCCGGGAGGUCCAUUCUCACAAGUAAUGACAGUAAUAGCCCGGAGUUUCCGGAGGGUACUGCGCAAAUGUCCCUGUUGUCGGGGUUUAUGAGAGGGGAGAGAGGGGGGAGUGGGAGUGAGGGGGAGGGGAGGGGGAGUGGUGAGGAGGAAGGGGGGGGGAGUAUGGGGGAGGGGCGUGGGAGAAAGGCGAGGGGAGGAGGGGGAGGUAACGAGGGGAUGAUUGUUGAUGAGGGGUUUGUCAUAGUGGAGAGGGGUGCAGGGAGGUUGAGGGGAGUGCGGGAGGAGUGGGGGGAAGAGAGAGAGGCGGAGCAAGCAGGGGGGUUUGAAGAGGGGGCUGCAGGGGUAGUGGCGGCAGUGGUGGGAGCAGCAGCAGCAGCGGGGGGUGAGGGCGGGGCGGGUGGGCCUGACAUGGCAGCAGAAGCGCAUGGGCAUAGCGACGGGCAACUGGGGGUGCGGCCAACUGUUAAGCAAGCUGAACCAACCCUUGUGCUUCAGUUGCUUUCCCCCGCCCCUGCCCAUCCAAGCCUGUCAGCAGGUUCUCUCGAGCCUGACGCCAAGUGUGCCCGCCGGUCCACUUUUGGAGGUUUGCCCCGAGCCGUGUCGUCCCCUCCCUGCACCUCCUGCUCCCUGCACACCGAACUGCAGUACGCUUUUGAAGGCCUGUGCCUCGUGCCUGAAUUGCGGGGAACCACCGAUGGGGCCAGAACCGCCCAGCAGAGUGGUCGUGCGCAGGGUGGUGAGGGUUUGCGGUGUGGUGGUGUGGCGGAUGACAGUGAAGGGGAGGGAGGAGGGGGAGGAGGGGGAGAAGGGGGAGGAGGGGGGGGAGGAGGCGGAGGAAGAAGAGGGGGUGGGGUGCAUGGGGAAGUGCCAGGUAGUGCUAAUGCAUGUGUGCGGGAUGAGGCACAGGGAGCAGGGCGCAGGGAGGAGGCAAAAGAAGCAGGGCAACGUGAUAAGCAGGAACCUCCCCUUGUCGCGCCUCCCGGCGCCGCGUCUCCGCUCACCGCACCGCGCCUACCCUGCCAUCAGCGCGCCUACUCUGCCAUCAGCGCGCCUGCUCUGCCAUCAGCGCGCCUGCUCUGCCAUCAGCGCGCCUGCUCUGCCAUCAGCGCGCCUGCUCUGCCAUCAGCGCGCCUGCUCUGCCAUCAGCGCGCCUGCUCUGCCAUCAGCGCGCCUGCUCUGCCAUCAGCGCGCCUGCUCUGCCAUCAGCGCGCCUGCUCUGCCAUCAGCGCGCCUGCUCUGCCAUCAGCGCGCCUGCUCUGCCAUCAGCGCGCCUGCUCUGCCAUCAGCGCGCCUGCUCUGCCAUCAGCGCGCCUGCUCUGCCAUCAGCGCGCCUGCUCUGCCAUCAGCGCGCCUGCUCUGCCAUCAGCGCGCCUGCUCUGCCAUCAGCGCGCCUGCUCUGCCAUCAGCGCGCCUGCUCUGCCAUCAGCGCGCCUGCUCUGCCAUCAGCGCGCCUGCUCUGCCAUCAGCGCGCCUGCUCUGCCAUCAGCGCGCCUGCUCUGCCAUCAGAGCGCCAGAACCCUCGUCUCGCUGCCCCUCCUCGCGCCUCCACUCCCGCUGCCCUUCUCCCACCUGCCCAUCCCUUGCCCUCGCUUCCUUAUCCUUCCAUUUCGUCUUGUUAUCUUCCCCUAUAUUUUCCCAAUGAUUCCCGUCAUUCCCGGUGUCCUUCCCCUCAUCCCUGCUUCCUCUCGUUUUCCUCCCUGCUUCCUCUAA